AUGAACGCAACUGAAGUUCCUAAAACACCGCCAGCUCCGCGCGCGCGUCAACUCCCCCAGAAACAUGAAACCCCUGCUGGGCUGCCCAAAGGAAGCAGUCCAAGCGAGCCGAAUACGCCAACCAAGGAUGACGCCGCAAAGACCCCCGACGUGCGUCCUAUCAGCCCCCCUCCCAUAAAAACAACCAUCCACCCUCGCGAGCCGGAAAACCCCUCAUCACGAACUUGGAGAGUGUCUCAUGCCGACAUAAAUGACCUCACUCCCGAGGAGCGAUCUCUACGCGAGGAACGGAUGGAGGAAGAAGAAGCAGAGAGGGCCUAUUACCUGCGCCACCCCCAUGCAUUUUUUGAACGUUUUCUCAACAGAAUGCUUUCGCAGUCUCGGGACCAUUUUGGGGAAAAGAUAAAUGGCAAGCUGGAAGACGAGGAGGAGAUUGAUAUUUGGGAAGGGCACUCUGAUAUUUUGGAAGGGCGAGUUUAG